AUGCGCCCCCAACUAACCCCCACCAUCCUAACAACCCUCUUCACCUCCCUCACCCGUCCCACCACAAAAUGGACCCUCCACCGCACCCUCAAAAGCGACAACCCUCUCGACAUAAACGGCGACCUCCACGGUACAGCAACCUUCACACUCCUCACCACCUCCAAUCCAAAUACAAAUAGCAAUGCGGAAAACCAACCACCACCCACAAUAACACCAAAAGACCUCCUCUACCACGAAGAAGGUGAAAUGCCUGCCCCGCCAGGUCUACGCGCGAAUCUCGGCGUCGGGGUGGGGCUGCGCUUCACGAAGAAAUAUAUCUGGCGGUUGAGUGAGGCGGGGGUUAUUAGUGUUUGGUUUGCGAAGGUGGGGGCCGGCGAGGAUGCGCCGGAUUAUUUGUUUCAUGAGUUUGAGUUUCGCGAGGAGGGUCAGGGUCAAGGUGAGGGUGGGGGUGAUAAGGAGACGUUUGUGGAUGCGCCUGUACCCCCGUUGGUGGAUGGGGAGGAUACGGUGGUUUUCAAGGCGAGGGGGAAUCAUCUUUGUAUUAAUGAUAUGUAUCGGACUGCUUAUGCUUUUCGGGUGAGGGGAGAGGGGGAGGUGGUUAGUUGGGCUAGUCGGCAUGUUGUGAAGGGACCCAAAAAGGAUCAGGAUAUUGUUAAUCUUUAUCGAUUGGGUUAA